AUGAAAGGGGUAAUCACAGCUGACAUUGAAAAGGCAUUCUUACAAAUACAGUUACACCCUUCAGAGAGAAAUUGUACUCGUUUCCUUUGGCUAAAGGAAGUAGAAGGAAGUGUAUCCAACGAGAAUAUAAAAUGUUACCGUUUUAGAACAAUCCCGUUUGGAGUAAUAUCAUCCCCCUUUUUACUAUCUGCUACCUUGCAUUAUCAUUUGGAAAACCACGUUAGUGAAUUAGCCGCAGAAAUAAAGAAAAAUCUUUAUGUGGACAACGUUAUUGUGUCAUCAAACGGAACGCAGGACGCAUUAGAAAAAUAUGCGGAAAUGAAAUCCAUCUUCAAUGAAGCCUCAAUGAAUCUAAGGGAGUUCUUAUCUAACGAUGAAGAAUUUUAUACAGAACUGCCGCAGCAAGAUCGAGCAAUAAGAAAAAAUACGAAAAUCCUCGGCAUCUCAUGGAAUCCCUGUCAAGACGUCAUUCAGAUAAAAUUAAAUCCAUGGAAUGACCGAGAACUAACAAAAAGAACGAUCUUACAGUUUGUUGCAUCACAAUAUGACCCACUAGGAUUUUUAGUUCCAAUAAUGGUAAGAUUUAAAAUAUUUUUGCAAAAUUUAUGGAAAAAGAAUAAUUCGUGGGAUCAGAUAUUAGAUGAGCAAGACCAUAAGCAAUGGAAAUUUAUUAUUGCUGAAUGGGCAACGGUCGUAAAAGACUUACCGCGAUUUGUAACAACUUCUACAGACUUAAUUGGAAUACAUGUAUUUACCGAUGCUUCAAGCGUAGCAUAUUCAGCAGCAGUGUAUUUAGUGAGUCAGGAUAUGCAAGGAACAAACUCAUCGCUCAUUUUUGCAAAAUCUCGCAUUGCUCCUAUUAAAGGUAUGACAAUACCGCGUCUAGAGCUAAUGGCCAUACUAAUCGGAACGCGAGCAGCGCAAUUUGUCAUAACACAGCUGGAUAUCGUCAAUACAAGGAUAAUUUUAUGGUCGGAUUCUAAAUGUGCUUUACAUUGGAUAAAAAACCAUUCUAACCUAUUACCAAGAUUUGUUCAAAACCGAGUCGAGGAAAUACGUAAAGCGAAAUUUAUUGUUCGUUAUAUUCCAUCAGAAGAUAACCCUGUAGACGUGGCAACUAGAGGUCUUAAUCCAAACCAACUUAGAAGUUUUACAUCAUGGUGGCGUGGACCGUCGUGGCUAGUAAAAGGAGAAAUCAGUUGGCCACAAUGGGAAUACGAAUUUGAUAACAGUGACGAACCAGAAGAAAUCACUGUAUCAGAAGUCUCGCGAAUAUGCAAGGAUCAUAAUUUUCUAAGACUGUUACGAACAACAGCGUGGAUCCUUAAAUUCAUUCGAUUAACAACUAAAGGCAGAUUAUCAUGGCUACAGUCUGUUUCAAUCGAAAGAAAUCGAUUUACAGCUGAAGAUUACAAAGUGUCAGAAUGGCUGUUAAUUAGACAAGCACAAUCUGAAGGAAUCAAUGACGACGAAAUAAACAAGUGGAAUUUAUUCCACACCGAAGAUGAUAAACUAUGGAGAUCUACUAGCCGACUCGUGAACUCGGAACUGCCUGAAACCAGCAAAUAUCCUAUCUAUCUCCCUCGAUCUCCCUCGACACAACCCAAUAACAGAACUCCUUAUACUAUACCAACAUGA